AUGUUCUGUUCCAUCCUUAAAAGAUCAUCAACAUGUCCCUAUAAACUGGCAUCACCAAUUCUUUCAAGAAUAACAAAUUUCCAUACAUCAUCAUCCAUAUUUAUUCAAAAAUCAUCACAAAUAAGAAAACAACUUCCCAAAAAUAAUUUAAAAUUACCUGAGCCACCAUCUUCAAAUAAUCUUCAUAUAACAGAUCAUCCACCUGAUAUAACCAAGAUCGUGAAACCAAUAACUCCUAAUGAUUCAUAUGUCAGUUGUACUGUGUUUGAUUUGAAAGGGAAUGUCACUGCUGUAUCAAAACAUUUCCCCAAGAUGAAAUUUUUACAAGAACAUGGUCUUUAUCCAAGAGAUUUAAGAAAAAUUGAUACUUCUCAAAUUGAUAUCAUUCCAUCUAUUGUGAUACGAGAUAAUUGUAUCUUGGUCAAUUUAUUACAUAUCAAAGCCUUGGUUGAAGCUGAUAAAGUUAUGAUUUUCGAUACAAGUAAUCCAUCUGCGGCUUUAAGAUUAGGUCUUUUCGUUUAUGAUUUAGAAUCCAAAUUAAAAGCUCCAAGUACUGGAUGGAUUCAACAAUAUGAACAUAGAGCUUUAGAAUCUAUUUUGAUUAAUGUUAUGACAUGUUUGGAAACAGAAUUACAUCAUCAUUUAAAUGUUUGUGGGUUAAUAUUAGCUGAAUUAGAAGAUGAAAUUGAUCGUGAUAAAUUAAGAGAUUUAUUGAUUAAAUCAAAAGCAUUAACCACAUUUUAUCAAAAAGCUUUAUUAAUCAGAAAUGUCUUGGAUGAAUUAUUAGAAAAUGAUGAUGAUUUAAGUGGGAUGUAUUUAACUGAAAAAUUAGAAUCUACUAAAGUUAAAGAACCAGGUACUCCUAUACCGGAAACUCGUACUGAUUAUGGUGAAGUGGAAAUGUUGUUAGAAGCUUAUUAUAAACAAUGUGAUGAAUUUGUCCAACAAUCAGAAUCGUUGAUUAAUGAUAUUAAAUCCACAGAAGAAAUUGUUAAUAUUAUUUUGGAUGCAAAUAGAAAUUCAUUAAUGGUUUUCGAAUUAAAAGUUACAAUUUAUACCCUAGGUUUCACAGUUGCCACUUUAUUACCAGCUUUUUAUGGUAUGAAUUUAAAAAAUUUCAUUGAAGAAUCAAAUUUAGGAUUUGGUGGUGUUGUUGGGAUUUCAAUAAUUAUUGCAUUAAUAGUAACAUCAGCAAAUUUUAAAACUUUAAGACAAGUUCAAAAAUUAACUUUAAUGGCACCAUCUACAAAAGCAGGUGCUAAGGCAUCAGUUGCACCAAGGAUUUCAAGACCUUAUGUUCCAAGAACUCAUAAUGCUAAACCAUCAUUCUUGCAACGAUUAAAACAAUUUAGAAGGAAAAGAAUCGUAGGAGAUCAGAAACAAAGAGAUGUUGUUUGGAAAUGGUUGAUUGAGGAUAAGAAUAAAUGA